CCCCGGAACCGAGCCUUCUUCCGUGUGAGCCCGGCGAGCCUUGCCGCGGAUGACCUGCCCGGAGUGCUCCGCGCCGCACCAGGCUUGCCAGGGUUCGCGGCGAGACAUGCCCGAGUCAGGUGCUGCACCGACCUCGACUUAUCUGUAAGCAGUGGAAGGAACCAUGGUCAGUAAAGAAAGCGGCAAAUGUAUACUCACAACGUCGGAGAGUGAAGUGGAACCUGCCGCCUGCCUGGCCCUGGAGAUGAAAUAUGCCCUGGAUCCCAACCGGCAGAUUAAGAAACGGAACAAAGCCCUGCAGGUGCGGUUUAAGGAUAUCUGCGAGGCGCAGAAUGAGCAGAGGGACACACAGCUCUCGUCAGGACAGCCGGGUGAGAAGCGGGAGGCCAAGCCAGUAUCCUAUAGAGCAGCUUAUCGCAAAUACAUGACGGUGCCCGCCCGGAGGUCCAUCCCCAAUGUCACCAAGAGCACAGGCGUGCAGACCUCUCCGGACCUUAAGAAGUGUUACCAGACAUUCCCUCUGGACCGCAAAAAAGGGAAUCUCAAAAGCAUCCCAGCUGUGGAUCCCUUUAAAAGCCAAAACAAUGGGUUUCUAACAGACACUAAAGAUAAAAGUGAGGGAGGACACACGGAAGAGCCCCGACCAUGUGGCGCAGGCCGAGUCCAAAAGACGACAGCCUUGGUUUUCCACUCUAAUGAACACAUGAAUGCUGUGGAUCAGCCUUCUGGGGUCAACUGUGCAGAGCCAUGCAAAAACCCUGAUUUGCUUAGCUAUCAAGACGUUCCCCUCCAAAACUCCACUCGGCCUCCUGAAGAGCCUGAUUACCAGCUGCAUGGGAAAGCAAGGCAUGACAGGGGGACGCCAGACUCUGAGGAGCCGCCUCUGCCCACGCUCGGGAGGGUGUUUAAAACGGAGGUUGCCACCGUUUACGCACCUGCCCACAGUGCCCGGGCCACAGAGCCUGGCUUGUCAAACUCUGCCGCUGCAAGCCAGUGGUCCCUCUGCCCUGUAGAUGAGGAGCGGAGGAGAGCCGCACAUCUCAAUGGGCUCCAGGCGCCCCCAGGCACUGCCCUGGCCUGCUCACCCCCGAUGCAGUGCCUGUCCCCCGAAUGUAGUGAACAGACCCUGCAGACUCGAGCCCCAGCGGGGUUGGAGAGCCAGCCUAGUCCGACAGUGGUUGCUACAGGUGAUGAAUGCCAACAAAUCGUGCCUCAUACGGAAGUGGUGGACCUCAAAGCACAGCUUCAGAUGAUGGAGAACUUGAUCAGCUCAAGCCAAGAAACCAUCAAAGUGCUCUUGGGGGUCAUUCAGGAGUUGGAAAAAGGAGAGGCCCAUCGGGAAGGGCUUUCAUAUCGGACGGGGCAAGACACAGCUAAUUGUGAUACAUGCAGGAACAGUGCAUGCAUUAUCUAUAGUGUGGAGCUAGAUUUUAAGCAGCAAGAAGACAAACUCCAGCCAGUUCUGAGGAAACUCCAUCCUAUUGAGGAAACUCAGGUUGCACCUUCGCCUUAUUCUCAGGAGACUUACUCCUCAACUCCCAAGCAAAAAUCCAAAACUGAAUCUAAAAAGCAUGGAAGAUGGAAACUCUGGUUCCUUUAAAACUCAUGGUGUUUGGAGUCUCAAGGCCGUCUUUAAAACCCACUGGAGUUAAGUCAAUCCUUUUCCAAAAUGAAUAGGAUCAAGGCAACUGUGGUGCCAAUUUGGGCACCACCCACUUCUCGCCCUGUGUACCAAAAAGGCCUUUGUACCAACAGAUAAUUAAUAGGAGCAAGGUAUUAAAUGUGACACCUUGCCUGCUAUUCUUUGCAGUUCACUGAUGUGGGAUGUAAAAUCUGAAAUGAAACUUACCUAGUCACAGAUGAUAAGUGAAAAUUCUAUUCCCUUCUCCCCCAGAUCUGCGAGUAUUACGUUAUCAACCUGCAAAACAGCAGGCUCUCACUCUGUACACAGCGAAACUCAUAAUUAUUUUCAAGCCUUUAUUUUUUUUAAAUAAUGAGAAGAAAAAGCAAGCCUUAUGUUUGCAAAGGACUUCAUUUUUACGUUUCAUUUUGCAAAUAAGCAGGGGGUGAGUGCAAUUUUCAGCACAUCAAAUUCCGGAGAAAGCACAAUUUUUUCAAGUGGUCGGAGACCAUGAAUAAUCUCUAAAAUGUGACUAUAUGUAUAUUUGCCUUCAUGUGCUGUAGCGCUAAGCCAAGUGACCACAUCUCAGUGUCACGUUGACACCUCAAAUUUAGCAUCCUCUUCAUCUCCAGACCUACGACAUGUUUACUACUCAUUUUCCAAAUGGCCAGCAGCCAGGAGUCCCCCAAAGUCAGGAUAUGCCUUUAAUCACUGCAAGUUGACAGGGUCAGAGCUAUUGGACACUAAGCUUUCUUAGAUCUCGUUUUUAAUCUUUUGGUACCCAAAGGCCAAAUGAUAAAUUCUGGCAAGAAUUUGAAAACACACAUAGAGAUACACAAUGGAUAAUGCAGUCACCAAUAAAUCACAGGCAAUCAGUGCCAUCGCAGAAAGUGUUUUCAUGGAUCAACCCUCUGAGACAUUGUUCACCACCGUAAACGCAGCCAGACGUUUUAUACGAUUCGUUAUGCUUUGGAACAACCAUGGAAGACCUGACCAUCUCAAAGAGAAACAGUGUGUGUAGUUUAGCUGCUACCAAUGGACAAACUUAAUGUCGCCUACAUUUAACCUAUUAGUAAGUUGUACUAAACGACAUACUUAGGAGAAAGCUGUGAAACAAAUGUUUUUAAGUAUUUUUUAUCAACGGUAACACUUAGAGUUCUCUCUUGAUUACUCAUUGCAAUGUAAAUCUUAGUUCCUUUAUUUUUUCACUCAUUUCUUUGCACCUUUGCAAGUAUCUUUUUAUAGAAAUCAAAAUCCCCUAGUCUAUUAAUGACUUUGUCUAUCAAUUUUUUGCUUUUCACAAUAGGAAGUAGGGAUCUUAUUUUGCCUUUUUUUUGUACAACCUGAAUUUUGAAUAGUUUGUGAACAUACAGGAAAACCUAGUCUUCAAGUUUCUGUCCAGCAGUUUCAUAUCUACUUGUGUGCUGACAUGCACACCUCAUUGAUUAGAUGCCAAACACAAAGUGGCUAACCUUGGUCAAAGGAUCUCAACCUGCUUUUUUCAGAUUGGAGCUACUUCUUGCCAUGCAUUUUCCUCCUGAUUCAAGAGCAAAUCUAUUUUAGUUCUAAGUGUUUUGAUUCUACAAGGACCUAGUGAUUGGUAAUCAGAUCUAGACCUAAAAAAAUGCAAAGAGUAUAUUAUGUAUAUGGAGGUUACUUAAACAAAUAAUACUGCAGAUGUAUACUUUAAUUUAAACACACACACACACACACACACACACACAAACACACACACCUUUUUGCGGAAAUACUAUAUGAGGAUUCAAAUCCUGAAUAUCAGUAAAUAGAAUUGAGAAAUAUUUUGGGGUAAGAAUGAUGAGCAAGUUGAUCCUGUACCAUGAAGGAAGUGCAAUUGUUUCAUGUAGACUAAAAAUUUAAAAAUGUGUUUCAUGUUUUUUAUACUGUUUUUAACUAAAGUUAUAAAAAUGUUUGCAACAAGUUAUCACUCCUUAUGUUUUAAGAAUCUCAACUAUCUCAGUGAAUUGAAAUAAUGGUAUCAGCAGCUUUCUAAUUAGUACUACCAAUGUAUUUAAACAAGAAGACAGCCUAGUAGACAAAAAAGAAAAAAAAAAUCAUGGUUUCAAAUCACUCGAGAUCCCCUAAAAAAGUUAAAAUUUCCAGAGUCAAAAAUAAACUCUGAAGAUAAAGUAAUUCCUCCUUACGAGUAUCUUCAAAAUAGAAAACAAAAAUUUCAAAAUCAUUUCAUCGUUUAAUUGUAAUACAUCACUACAGAUGGUGAUUCUUCUCUUAGAAAGAUUUAAGUAAAAUCUUUGAUACAAAACCAAGGUAAAACAUACAGUGUUCCCUCA